AAAAAAUUGCUUGCCUUUUCUUGUGAGAGUCGCCCCGGGUUUAGUGAUUACCGCUGAGUGCUCGGCCGGACUCGACCGAGUGGACUCACAACUAAGAAAAUGGACGCCAUUGGUCUCUUGAGAGCUCUUAAAAUUAAACCAUCCAUUUUGAAGCCACCCAACAAUCCUCUUCUGGGUGUUCGCAAUUGUUGUAAUUCAUCAUCAUCUGCAAGCGCAAUCCCCACGGGGGUUAGCACAGUGAAAAGAAAGUAUGAUGCAUUGUUGUUGGAUGCUGGAGGUACCCUUUUGCAGUUGGCUCAUCCUGUUCAUGAUAUUUACUCUUCGAUUGGUGUCAAAUAUGGUCUGAGUAUGUCCCCGGCCGAAAUAAAGCAAGGAUUUAAAAGAGCGUUUUCCGCACCAUGGCCUGAAAAACUUCGAUACCAGGGAGAUGGAAGGCCAUUCUGGAGGCUUGUAGUUUCUGAAGCCACGGGUUGUGCAAGAGACGAUUAUUUUGAAGAAGUUUACCAGUACUAUGCAAAUGGUGAAGCAUGGUGUCUUCCACCCGGAGCCCAUGAAACAAUAGUCAUCCUGAAAGAUGCUGGAGUUAAAUUAGCUGUUGUAUCCAACUUUGAUAAUCGUCUGAGGAAGCUAUUAAAGGAUUUGAAUGUUGUGGACCUGUUUGAUGCUGUUAUUAUAUCUUCGGAGGUUGGAUAUGAAAAGCCAGAUGCAAUGAUAUUUAAAGCCGCUUUAGACCAGGUAAAUGUGGAAGCCUGUAGAGCAGUACAUGUUGGAGAUGAUGAGAAGGCUGACAAGUUGGGAGCCAGUGCUGUGGGAAUCAACUGCUGGUUAUGGGGAACAGAUGUAAAAUCCUUUCAAGACUUGCAAAAUCGCAUUCUCCUUCCACAGUAAUAACUCUGCAAAGGGCCUACGUUUCAUCGAGUGCUGAUUGAAACUGGCUUCAGGCUCUUGCAUUGUCAGUUAUAAAUAUCGGGCCUCAUAUUAGUGCUCCUACUUCUAAAGUGGACUUACUCCUGCAACUUAUGAUGCAGCCUGUGGGUGGAGUCUGUGGAGAGCACUCUAUAAUAAGAAACAGAAAAGAGCCAGAUAAUUGCUGCUUUUGGUUGAGUGUUAGUGCAGCUAAAUGUAACUAAUAUUUUAUAGCCAAUGUAACUAAUUUUUUCAUUUA